AUGUGCAUAUCUAUAAUAACAACUAGAGGUGCCAGCCGUUCAUCUAUCUAUCUAUCUAUCUAUCUAUCUAUCUAUCUAUCUAUCUAUCUAUCUAUCUUUUUAAUCCAGUUCAUUAUCUAUCUAUCUAUCUAUCUAUCUAUCUAUCUAUCUAUCUAUCUAUCUAUCUUUUUAAUCCAGUUCAUUAUCUAUCUAUCUAUCUAUCUAUCUAUCUAUCUAUCUAUCUAUCUUUUUAAUCCAGUUCAUUAUCUAUCUAUCUAUCUAUCUAUCUAUCUAUCUAUCUAUCUAUCUAUCUAUCUAUCUAUCUUUUUAAUCCAGUUCAUUAUCUAUCUAUCUAUCUAUCUAUCUAUCUAUCUUUUAAUCCAGUUCAUUAUCUUUUCUAUCCAUUCAUUAUCUAUCUAUCUAUCUAUCUAUCUAUCUAUCUAUCUAUCUAUCUAUCUUUUAAUCCAAAAACUUUUAUUGGGUCGCAUCAAUCUUCCGGCUGUUGAAUACCUGCCAAGUUUGAAACAUCCGGGUUCGAUAUGUUGGCUUUCACGAGGUCUUUGGCAUUUCAAUAACAACAAUUUAUCCAUCGCAUUAUCUAUCUAUCUAUCUAUCUAUCUAUCUAUGUAUUUCUUUGGAUCACAUUGA